AUGGAAAGAAAUGAGAGGAAAAUAGGCAGGUCCCAAUUCAACUCCCAGGGUAGCUGCUCCACCCGGGCCCAGGCCCCUUCCCCCUCCUCCUUCACCUCCUCCGGCGGUUCUUCCUUCACCAUCGUUGCUUCCUUCGGCGGUGCUGCGUCUGCCCCUGGCUCUGGCUCCAGCGGUACUGCCUCUACCCCUAGCUCCAGCUCCGGCCGUGCUAUGUCUGCCCUUGGCUCCGGCUCCAACGGUGCUGCCUCUGCCCCUAGCUACGACUCAGGCGGUGCUACCUUUGCCCAUAGCUUUAGCUCUGGUGGUGCUGCGUCAGCCCCUAGCUCAGGCUCUGGCGGUGCUGCCUCUGUCCCUGAGUCCGGCUCCGGUGGUGCUGCCUCUGUCCCUAGCUCUAGCUUCGACGGUGCUACCUCUGCCCUUAGCUCCAGCUCUGGCGGUGCGGCGGUGCUACGUCUUCCCCCGGCUCUGGCUCCGACUAUGCUGCGUCUGCCCCUAUCUCCGGCAUAG